CCAGGUGGUACAGUUUUGGUGAUCGCUUCGAAAGGAUGAAUCCGAGAGUCACUUUCGCGUUUUUCCUGCUGUGUUCCUGCGACGCGGGACUCGCAGGAUGGCUGCGCGGCUGGAGCGAAGAGUUGACGGCCGAGAAACCCAAGCUACGACGUGCGCGCGAUGUCGCCUUAGACAGGGCCGGCUCUGCGCAGGAGGCACAGGGACGGAACAACAUGGACGCCCUCGUAGAGCUAGAUGGGGCGAUAGAAACGGUUCACGAGGCAGGAGCCAAAACUAAACGCUGUCCACAAGCAUCGACGUUGGGUCUGGUACGUUCGUCGUACGGUCGCGAAGAUCCGCUGGUAGGAUCGCCGAACUUCGUAGGUGAUUCGCCGGCGCUCUUGACCAAGAGGGACGCCAACGGCGCCGGAAACAGCACGGAGCGUUGCCAGUUUUGCAGGAAGCAGAUCAGGUGCAGAUUCCUCAAAAAAUGCGAGGCCUGCGAGUCCGUGUGCGAGCUGGCGGACAGAGAGGCGGCGGAUAACCAGAUACUGUCCUUGUCAAGCGGGUUCAAAUCCGAAAACGACAUUUUCUCGAAAACUCUGUACCCCGUGACGACCCUAAGAGACGGCGACACCAAAGAGGUGAUCUGCAAGAUAAUAGGCAUCAGCGACACCUCCGACAUAGACACGGUCACCAUCUGGGUUACCACCAAGUCCAACGAGCCGCCGACCGCCACUAGCAGCAAGAGGUCGAACUGGACACCCAAUAUCAAGCAACUGGCGGGGGCGCCUGAAGCCUCCUCGCCACUGGCCAGCCCCAGGUCUGGCUUCUUGGACGACGACGACAAUCAGCUAAUGCCGCGGGAUGACGCCGACGUCGAACGACGCCCCAACCCCGACGUCAUCGAAGGGCCACCUCCGGAAAUGGCGGCACGCACGCCAUUGGUCGUCGAGCCGAAAGAUUUGGAGUCGGACGAGUCGCCGGAGUCCGAAAAACAAGGUUCCCGCCCCACCGAACCCACCGCCGCCGCGACGGCGUCGACGCCGAAUCACCUGGUGGAGAAAAAGCGGUCCAACCAACUCGCCGAGAUACGAGACGCGUUGGACAAGGUCAAAGAUAUGGUGAAGUCGAUCCAGAGGAAGCCCCCAACGUCCGAAAACCAAGUGGUCGCCGCCAGCCCGCCCCAAGACGCAUUGCCAUCCAAGAUGGUCGACAACCUUCACAAGGUCAACCGGUACGUACUAAACAGGGCGCAGGACGCGCUUGACGCGGUCGGCGGCGAACGAACUGCCCCCGGGAGCGGUGACGAACACUCGGAGAACACGCGCAACGUCAUCAAGGACUUGAAGAAGAUGCCGCAGUUCUUCAUCGACUCGUUCCAGGAUGGCCUCAGCGCGCUGGACUUGCCGAGGAACGCAGAUGGACGAGACGGUGACAGUGACAAUGGGCAACUGCCGCCGACUUCGAUUCGCCCGGAAGCCACCGACGUUCAGCUCCAGCAACGUCUCGACUUCAGCGAAACUUCCGCGGAUCCUCCUGGUACCACGGCGCCCGUCGAAGAUCGAGCGACAUCAGAAAUCCCAGUGGUGGGCGUGACAGAGGACGACAGCUCCUCGGAGAGCGAAGAAACCACGACGGAGACGAAAGCGGCGAAGCAGCGACGCCUGCUCAAGGAAAAAAUCCAAAAGUUCAUGCGAGACCUCAAACCCACGACGACGACAACGACCACCGAACCGACCACCACAACCGAAGUCAAAGAGGAACCCUCGAAAACGCAGGAGAAGGAAGAGGAGAAACUGGCGUCGCCUUUGGAGAAGAUCUUCGUGACGCCGAGGACAGAGGACGGCACCCAGACGCAGUCCAUCGACACUAUCAACUCCAAACUCAAAGCAUACCUGGACAAGAUCAAGACACAACAGAAACAAGGGCUAGGCCCGGAGAAGAAACUAGAGAUGAACAAAGAAGUGCCAAAAUUAGACGCUUUAAAGUACCUGGACGUGGCCAGGGAGGCGAGCGAGCGACGCGAGAAAAUGGCACAGCUGAAGGAGAAACUAGACAAGUACCUGGAAGAAGCGAAAAAUAAACUGCCGCCGGUAGCGAGCAGAAGCGCCGACGGGUUGUCGGAAGUCCUCAAACCGAAACCGGGCAAGUCUUCAGCUGCGAAGUUGGCCGAUCUGUUGCGGUCGUUGAAGGCGGCAACUCCAAAAAUUGUGGAGCCACCGUCGGUUGCAGCGACGAAGAGUGAAGACGCCACGGAAGUUCCCAACCUUCAGAGCCGCAAUCAGUUGAACGGGGCAACCGCGGGUCCGGAUUGGUCGCAGAGUUUGGGCAAAAUCGUGCAGUCUCCAAAACCGGGAGACGUUUUCUUCUCUGGUAACGGCGUCAAGCUUCCGAUGCGCGUGACGAAGAACCCAGACGGCUCGGUCGACUUCUCCGUAGACCUCGACAAGAUGUGCUCGUGCAAAAACUCUACGUGCCCGAAAGACCACGCGGCAAUCGAGGAAACGGUCGGGGAGAUACUAGAAAAGGAGGCGGAACUGCAAGACCAGCUUAAGUCGUCGACAACGAAGUCCGAAAUAUUUAAACGGUCGCCGAUAAUCGAAGGCGCUUUGACCAAACCGCGAUCUUUGGAUGAUGUCAUUCAGGCGUACGCCGACAUGGACGCGACGGUGAGGAACAACUUGAAAGCGGUCGAGAACAAUUUGUUAGCUACUGGCGACGCGGAGAGCUUGAAAAAUAAACUGAGCGCGCAGUACGACGACAUUUUGAGAGCCGGCCAGCUCAACAGAGUCGACUUUUUGCAGAACAAACUCAAAAAGCUCGACAACGAAAUCGAGAAAUAUUACGACGACAGCGAAAAGAUCUUCGUCGAGGAAUCUAAGAAGCUGUUUGGCCACAAGCAACGGCCGGCCGUUAAAGAAGAGAUGAAUAUUAUCAACAACGUGCUAUCGUGGGUCAAAAGUCUAUCGCAGAACACGAAAAAGUAGUUUCGUCUCCGGUGUCACAUUGGUUUUAAAGGGUAUCUGUUUUUUAAAUAAAGUUUUA